CCAAGACUCUUUUUUUUUUUUUUUUUUUUCUCUACUCUCUCUCAAUCUCAUCUUCCAAACAUGAUACUGGGUGGUAACCUUCUCCAUCAUAUUUCACCUGCACUCCCCAUUCCCAAACCCUACUCCACUAAAUCAACCUCUAAAUCCGCCAUCACUUGUAAGAACUAUGAUUCUCCGAAGAAAAAUUCUUACAGUUUUGGCGCGAAUUCAGGAAGACCCAUUGCCAUUUGGUCCAACAAUAACCUAAUCUCUCUCGCAAUUGCUGUGGCCCUUAUUUCACCGCUGCCUUGUUCGGCAAUCCCUUCUCUCAGCUCCAAACCCUUUUCGCUUCCUUCGACAACUACUCCAUUUUCGCAGGCGAAGAAUUUGCCUACUGGAUUGGAGAAUGGAAAAAUCAGACCUUGCCCUUCAAUAAACCCCAGCUGUGUUUCGAGCAAUCCCAAGUCGUCGAAUUUUGCAUUUCCAUGGAGUAUACUAGGAGGUUCUUCUUCAAAUACCGCUGCCAUUAAGCAAUUGCAAGAUGCACUUGAAAAAACACAGAAAGACGUCAAGAUUCAGCUCGUCGAAGAUACACCAAACGGGCAAUAUCUGGAAGCUGAGGUGGAUGGAGGAGGAUUUGGUAGAAGGGAUGUUCUAGAAUUCUUGGUGAAGGGAGAUGUGGUUACGUUUAGAGCAAUGGCGACGAAAGUUACGUAUGUGUACCCUUUCACAACGGCAUUAGGUGACUCGAAAGGUCAGGAAGAAAGAAUGAAGCUCAUCGUUAACGAGUUAGGCUGGUUUGCUCCGAGUUUUGAUUCCAUGGACUAAUUAUUUAUAAGCUCAUCUGUAUACUAUUGGUAUAUAUCUUAAUUAUUCUUCGGCUUUUAUGUUUUGUAAAUUUAAUAUACAUUUCUCAAUUUGAUUUACAUUGGACACAACUCA